AUAUGAGAAAUGAAAAAAAAAAAACAAAAAAACAAAAACUGUCAGUUACUAAAUGACACCUUAGUUUUUGAGCUUGUUGUUUUCUUCAUUGUCCAACACAAUAAAGAAUUGCUGCCCUAAUGGCUAAUGGCUUCUUGUUGAGGUUGUGUCCAUGUGAGUGUAAAAAAUAAAUUGCUUGCUUUCUUGUUCUUCUGGUCUGAUAGAAUGGGAUUAAGAAUGUACCUUAGAAGCACAGAAUAGUUGCUCUUAAGCAAAUGUUUCCUUCUUUUUUAUUUGCAUACCUUCCUAGGAUUUUGUGUUUUGUUACUAUUCAAGCGAUAAUGCCAAUUGCAAAUUCCAUAGUAUCGCCUCUUGUGGUUAUCUUUGAUGAAUUUGCAGCCCUUGUCACUACAUUUAACCUUGAAAUUGGAAUCACUGGUGCCAUUUUGACAAAGCUUGAUGGAGAUUCUAGAGGUGGUGCAGCUUUGAGUGUUAAAGAGAGACUAACAAUGGGCAAGCCCAUCAAGCCUGUCGGACGUGGGGAGCGCAUGGAAGACCUUGAAGCUUUCUACCCAGAUCGUAUGGCAGGACGCAUAUUAGGGAUGGGAGAUGUUCUAUCAUUUGUGGAGAAGGCCCAAGAAAUCGUUACACCUUCACAAAUUCGAGAAGCAGAGAAGAGCACAAAGAUAAUGGAAGCAAUGACCCCAGUGGGUGGAAAGGAGCAACCAGCCGUGGCAGCCAUCCCAGAAUGUGACCUUGGUAACACCUUGGAGGGGCCUAGACGAUUGGAUGGUCGCUGGCACUCUCUCAAACAGGUUUAGUCAUAUCAUGACCCAGUGACCAACGAGGGUUAGGAGAUUCAUGUCGAGCGUAGGACCACCAAGGGACCAGAAUAUCGCCACCGAGUCUUGAUCUUCGCUACCAAGUUUCAAUCCAUGCUAUCGAGUCUCAAUCCUCGACUCUCAUGGGGUUAUAAGACGGGAGUAAGACCAUCGACGGACUCUAAUAUCCCUCGAUUCCAUAUUGCCUGCCUGACUACUUGACCUCCCAAAACUUUGAGGACUAACUGACCCCUUACCCAUUCGGUCGUACAUGUCAUGUUCUUCUUUUGUAUGUUAUAGUUUCUAUUGAAAAUCUGAUGGUAGACCUAUAAGAGAUAUAUAGGACUUGCCAUUUAGUUCAAUAAUACUUGUAAGGAUUAGCACAAGUGGGGUUUAGAUUAUGGUUUUGAAUGUCAGCACAAUCACCU